CCUUUAACGAUAUUUUAGAUGAUUUUGUUAGGAGAACUUGAAGUGUUUGAUGUUGAUAAAUAUAGGGAUGGCAUGAUCAAUUGCUGUAUUUUGCUGAAGGCGAUGUAUUUGUGUUGGCAAAUUAAACGGAAAUUUGGAUACACUGAAAGUGCAGCCGUACUAAAUGGCACUGGAAAUGAUUUUAAUCAUCCAUCUUAUUCCUACCUAUUAAAAAUUUAUGCCUCGCCUCAACCACCUCUGCACGCCCUUUGUCUUCUUCCCCCUACUUCCAGAAAUAAAAUAAAAAAAAAAGAAAAAGAAAAAAAUCUCCCAGAAGUUAUAUUGAAUUGAUUCUUUAAUUACAUCAUCCUGAAGAAAAUUCUCUACAGAAGUCAUCAAUCUAACCUUGUCACAUAGUUGCCUAAAUAUUCACACCUAUGAUAGCUACACGCCUGAAUACCCUUGCACCUUUCAAGGAUGCUGGGUAUUGGUUGCCAAUUGGACCCCACCACCCGCUUAUGUUCCAUCCUAACCUCUCAUCUCCCUCCUUUAGUUAAACACCCUUAUCUACCCCCUCCAAUUUUCUCUUUUUAAUUGCUCCUCCAAGUUCUUCUCCUAAACUCUUAACUUCUCAAUUCACCGCCAACAUCACUCCAACAAUGGCCAAGGCUUUCAGGCCCUGCACUCACUUGCUCAGAUUUCUAGCUAUGGCAGCCACCAUCGCCGCCACAUCAAUCAUGGCCACUUGCCAUGAGACCACCACCUUUUUCGGCGUCACCAUUAAGGCCGAGUUUUAUCAAUCCCCCUCUUUCACGUUCUUCGUUGUAGCCAAUGCCAUUGCCGGUGCCUAUAGUCUGCUUGCUCUCUUUGUGCCUCCUGGAGGUCUCAUUUCAAGAUGGGUUGUUGUGUUGGAUGUUAUUACUGCAAUGCUACUGACGGCUGCAAUGGCGGCAGCUGCAGCAAUUUCGCACGUGGGGAAGAAGGGAAACGAGCAUGCUGGAUGGCUUCCUAUCUGUGAUGAGGUCCCAAAGUACUGCAACCAGGUCAUGGGAGCCCUCAUAAGUGGCGCCAUUGGACUUCUUCUCUACACUAUAAUUGUUAUUCACACCAUAACUAAUGCGGUCAAUCCUCUUUUUCCCUGAACAAGUGGAGCUCAAAUAGACUUCACCCUUACAAGCUUGUUUUGUUUUUCAAAUAUUAUUACAUUCAUGUCACAAGUUUGUAUUCUAACUGCUUAUUUAAUUAUGGAUACAACUUAUUUUUCAAAGAUGCUUUUUCUUGCAUGUUUCGCAAUUUGGCAUGUUGCAGAAGGUUUUUUUUACCUUAUGGCGAUGUUAAUCACCUGUGAUGUAA